AUGGAAGCAGGUACGGCAGCAGCAUUUAAAGAUUCCCAUUUGAAUUUGAAUAAUUUCGAAUAUUCAAGUUCAAGGAAAGCUUCAUUAACAUCCCAAUCAACCAAAACCAUGUCAAAGAUCUUUAGAAGAAAAGAUGCUGAGAUGGGAGGUUUUGAUGAAGAACAAGGAUUAGAUAUUCAGUAUUUGACUGGUAAUAAUGUAUCUUUGGAUGAUAUAACACAUAUUAGGGGUAGAGGACCUUACUCCACAGGAGGUAAAACCUUGGACACAACCCCUAUCAUCCCUACGUUGGGGAAUAAUGGGAAUCCAUCUAACCCUAAUAAGAUCAAUAACGUGCAAUAUAGGAAACAGAUGAAUCAUCAGAUGAAAAUGAAUUUGGCUAAUAGUGCUCGAGCCAUGAGUUUGGCAGGUAAUAACCCUAUGAAUGAUAGAGCCAUGAGUUUGGGAGGACCUAGAACCAUGAGUUUGGGAGUAGGAGAUCCUCGAGCUAUGAGUUUAAGAUCGGGUCCACCAGGUCCACAACAACAAGGACCUAGAGCAAUGUCUAUGAGAUCACCUAAUAUGGGACAAAUGCCCAAUGGACAAAUGCCAGGGCCAAAUAUGGGUCAAAUGCCUAUGAUGAAUGGGCAAAUGUCUAUGAUGCCUAAUGGACAAAUGGGUCAGAUGAAUUAUAAUCAAAUGAAUAUGUAUGGACAAAUGAACCCAAUGCAAAUGAACCAAAUGCAAAUGAAUCAAAUGCAAAUGGGACAAAUGAUGCCCAAUGGUAUGAACGGUCAAAUGGGACAAAUGGGACAAAUGGGACAAAUGAAUGGACAAAUGAUGCCUAAUGGACAAAUGAAUGGGCAGAUGAACGGACAAAUGAAUGGACAAAUGCCAAUGUAUUCCUACAAUAGCAACACUUCCACCCCAGUAAACCAAAGCUCCAAUGAUUCCUUAAUGAACGUUGUUGAGGAAGAAGAUGAAGAUACUGGACCUCCUUCGAAAUCAAAUUCUCAAAAUGAACCAGAUGAAGAUGUUGUUUAUAAAUUCGAUGAUGAAGAUGGUGAACUUGUUUCUAGAAAAUCCACCAUCAAGAAAUCUAAUUCUAUGAGAUUACGUAAGUUGAAUUUAUUCAAUGAAAUUGAUAUUGAAGAAGAACCUAAAUCUCCAAUUGAAACUGAAGCUGAUGAACCAACUAGUCCGUCUUUCAACAUCAAUGAACCAACCAGAGAAUCAAUGGUUAAAAGUAGUAGUGAUGAGUUCCAUCAAGAUACCUAUAAAUCCUUAGGAGCCAAUGCUAACGAAUCAAAAGUUUAUUAUACCGCCAACGAAUUUUCACCACAAAAAUCACCUGAAAAGUAUAGAUCUCCCGAGAAACCCCGUCAAUCUUCCAUUGCUCAAAGUCCUGAAACUACAAAGAGUCUCCCAUCACCACCAGAUCAUGAUUCUGACGAUACAGUUGAAGAUUUAGAUAACUCAGGAAAACCUAUAGUUCGUGAAGAGAGUAAAAAUUUCAAAUCGUUAACAAAAAACACUGCUUUCCACAAUUUCAGACACGACGUGGAUAUUGACAGUGAUAGUGACAUUGAGAUUUCCAGGAAAUCAUCCAAGACCAAAGGUUUCUUCAAAAGAUUAUCUAGAGGUAGCGAGAAGAGAAACUCCGUAACAAGAAGUGAUACUAGAAAUUCCAUUUCUUCCGUCAGUAGUAGUAAGAAGAAUAGAAACUCAGUUUCUUCGGUUUCCAGUAAGAAGAAAUCCGUUCUGUUCACCAAAGAAGAAUUAGGUAUCAUGACUGCCAACAACGAGCUCUUGAACGAAUUAGAAUUGGUCACCACCGAAUUAGCUUCAUCCAUCAAAAGAGAAUUGACUUUAGAAUCAAGAUUAAAAUCAGGUAACAGUUCUGUCAAACCUAUUGAUGACGAGGAAGUCAGAAAUAAGAGUAAAAUAAUCAAUGAUUUACAAGAUAAAUUGACCAAAGAAAGAAGACUCCGAUUUAUAGCUGAAGAACAUGCAUUAUUGAUGGAAAAUGGUCAAAGUCCUUCUCCGUUGAAGUUGAACUAUGAAAAGACUGAACUUUACCGACAAUUAAUCAUCAAGAAUGAUUUAGUUAAUCAAUUAAAUGAUAAAUUGAAUGAAACUGAUCAUAAUGAUGUCUCCAUAGAUAAGGAUCUCAUGAACAAAUACAAUGAGUUGGUCAAAGAAAAUACUGAAUUAAAAUCCAACAUUAUCCCACAAUUACAAAAACAACUCGAAACUAAUAGUAAUCACCAAAGGAAUCUCCUGGCGAUGUCAGACAAUGAACGAGAAUAUUCUUUAGUGUCAAACAUAGAUGAAGAAAUAAUAUCACCUCAAGAAGAAAUUUCCAAUUUGAAAGCCCAAAGAGACGAAUUAAGAGAUGUUAUUACCAAACUCAAUAACAGUCAUAACUACGAGCUCAAGCUUAUGAAUGAUAAAAUGAAAACCAUGGAAUCUAAACUUCUUAGACAAAAUGAAUUAUUGAGAGGAAAGAAAGAUGAUGACAAAGAUAAGAAUGAAAAGUUGAAUGUGCUUACAUCUAAAGGAGGUAAAUUACAAGGAUUUUCUAUUGUUUCUCCUGAUAAGUCUUUAUUUGAUUAA